AGAAAUCAAACAGUCGCGACUCGUUAAUUAGUUGGUAGAAGUUUGGAAGUUGACUUCCACGGAAAGUGCGUAUCUCGAGUAUUGAAAGUGCGUAAAGCGAAUAGAGUUUUCAACCAAAUUUCACCAUCAAACCAAAAUCCAAAAAUAUAAAAACAGGAUUAUACCUCAACGGCUGAAAAAUGGCAGAGGGAGGUGUUUCUAAUGAUUUGGAGAUGCGACGACGGCAGCUGGCCAAUCGACAGAUGUCGACAUUGGCUAGCAGAAAACAGCACGCGGUAUGUGUCCGAAGAGCUCACAAACAUUACGGAUCUACAAAGAAUCCAGCCGUGAUCCUCGACGGUCUAAACAUGACAGUACCUAAAGGCUCAAUUUACGGCUUACUUGGAGCUUCCGGAUGCGGAAAGACCACUUUACUCAGCUGCAUCGUCGGAAGGAAACGCUUGAACUCAGGUGAAAUCUGGGUAUUGGGUGGAACUCCUGGCUCGAAGGGUAGUGGAGUUCCUGGUCCAAGGAUCGGGUAUAUGCCUCAAGAAAUUGCGCUUUACGGCGAGUUCACCAUCAGGGAAACGAUGCUGUACUUCGGAUGGAUCAGCGAUAUGACCACGCAGGAGAUCGACGAGAGGUUGACCUUCUUGCUGCAAUUCCUCAUGUUGCCUGGUCCUGAUAGGCAGGUGAAGACCCUCAGUGGUGGUCAGCAACGAAGGGUGUCUUUGUCUGCGGCUCUGCUUCAUGAGCCGGAACUGCUGAUUCUUGAUGAACCGACUGUUGGCGUUGAUCCGAUGUUGAGGCAGAAUAUUUGGGAUCAUUUGUUGCAUAUUACCAAAGGCGGAAGAACGACGGUCAUUAUUACUACGCACUACAUCGACGAGACACGGCAAGCCCACAUGAUUGGAUUGAUGCGUGGUGGUUAUUUGUUGGCCGAAGAAUCGCCCGAACGUCUUGUCCAACAUUACCAUGCUCAAUCGUUGGAAGAUGUUUUCCUCAAACUAUCUGUGAUACAGAAUAUGGGAAAGACCAGGCGUAGCUCCAUUGCUUUGGAGGUGACAACAACUAUCACAGUACCGAGCGGCGUGAUCAACGAGGCCAUAGUCGUGGAUGAUGAACCUGGUGAGAUCUCAGGAGAAUUCGGAGAUAACGUAUCGAUGUCUUCGCGUGGAGGAAGGAUAUCGAUAGCCCCAGAUGACCCUGAGAACGCACCACCUGAAAUCCCACCCCCAGAGGAAGGCGACAAAUGGACGUGCAUGGAUUACCUGAAAUUCGCCAAAGCCAGCCAUCUGAAGACUUUAAUCUGGAAGAACUUCCUCUGGAUGUGGAGGAAUUACCCUGUCAUGUUGUUCAUCACCGUUCUACCAGUAGUCCAAACUGUACUCUUCUGCUUAUCCAUCGGCCACGACCCACAAAACUUGCCAAUAUCCGUUAUGAACUACGAACUUGAAGAAGGCGAAAUCUGCAUGACCAACAUCACCUGCAGCAGCACGCGACUCAGUUGUAACUUCCUCAAAUACCUAGAAGAUCGAACGUUGCAAGUGACGUACUGUGAUUCUGUCGAUGCAGCAAAGAAACUUGUUGAAGAAGGUAACUCAUGGGCUGCUCUCGUCUUCCAGUCAAACUUCUCUGAUUCCUUGAGAUCCAGGAUAUUCGAAGGCAGAAGAGUUUCACCCGAAGAUGUUUUGAAUUCUGAAGUUUCCGUCUUUCAGGACAUUUCAAAUGAAAAUAUUGGAACGUUUUUGAAACGUGAUUUAUACUUCAGCUUCGAAGACUUCUUCAGGGCAUAUUUGACCUCAUGCGAUAUCAACGAUAAGAUCGGUUCUAUUCCCAUCAGAUUCAACGAGCCUAUCUACGGCUACAAGAGGCCAAACUUUACGGACUUUGCAGCUCCUGGCGUUAUCAUCACCAUUGUGUUCUUCUUGUCUGUAGCUUUAACCUGCGGCGCUAUGCUUCUGGAGAGGAACGAGGGUAUUCUGGAAAGAUCCCUAGUUAACGGCAUCACCAGCGUCGAGCUGCUCUUCGCCCACGUAGUGACCCAGUUCACGGUGAUGGCAGGUCAAACCAUCAUGGUUGUAGUCGUAACAUUCGCCGUCUUCGACAUCACCAUGAAGGGUCCAGCUUCUCUCACCGUCAUCAUGACCGGCCUCACAGGUCUUUGCGGCAUGUGCUUCGGCUUCGUCGUCGCAACCAUCUGCGACAACGAGAGGACUGCCACGUACCUAUCUCUUGGUAGCUUCCUUCCCAUAGUCAUGCUGUGCGGCAUCAUCUGGCCAAUCGAAGGCAUGCACUACAGCCUUCAGACUAUAGCCUAUGUCCUUCCUCUCACCAAAUGCACGGAGAGUCUCAGGUACAUCUUGGCCAAAGGCUGGACCAUAGACUACAGGGAGGUUUACACGGGCUUCAUCAGCAUUAGCGCCUGGAUCUUCUUCUUCCUCAUACUCAGUAUCCUUCUGCUCAAGUUCAAGAAGGGAUGAGAUGUGAAUCUUCAAAUCCACAUUGUUGUUGUUGUCUCUGUGUAAAUAAUUCAAUUUUCGACUUUAGUAUUAAUAGAUUAGGUCGUUAGAAUAGUUUGAAUAUUGUUUUUUUUUUGUAUGAACCUCACGACGUUACGUUCACCAAAGUAAUUACUUUCAUUUCUUUUCUUUUUUUUUGUUGAUGUUGUGUUAUUUUCCUUUCGUUCUUAUUGUUGUAAUAUUAUUAUUUUGUGUGGGCAUUUCAUAAUACGUAACUCUCUCUAUAUAUCUAUAUGAAUAGCAUGGUUGAAUGAAGUGGAUAAGUUUAUUUUGUAAUUAUUUAAUUCAGUUUUGGCUGUGGAGUUAUUUUUUUUAU